AUGCCUACCGAGAUCAAAGUCCUGAUUGCCGGUGCAGGAAUCGCCGGACUCGCUUCGGCCAUCGCCCUUCGCCGCCUCGACACGGCCGAUGUGCGCUUUGACAUCCAGCUGUUCGACAAGGCCACGGAGCUGCGAGAGAUCGGAGCCAGCAUCGCGCUGAGCCCCAACGGCUUGCGCACGCUGGAACGACUCGGGGUCGACAACGCGCUCGGCGACGACGUAGGGUUCCGCGGGCCCAGCGCGCGGCCCAUGAUCUACCACCACUGGAAGACCAACGAGGUGGUCAGCGCCGACGAGUUCGUCGACGUGCCAGACAGGAAACACCAGACGGCGCGCUUCCACCGGGCGCACUUGCACUCCGCGCUCCUUGCGCACGUGCCAGGGGAGACCAUCCACCUGGGCAAAGUCGUUGAAUCUGCUGCCGUUGACGAUCGCGGUGAUGAUGCCGACGGCGUGACGCUGCUCUUCAAAGACGGCACGAGCGCAAAGGGUGACGUACUCGUCGGCGCCGACGGCCUGCGGUCGAAGGUGCGGAGGGCGUUUGUCCCAGAGCACACCUUGCACUACACGGGCCGCACGUGGAUUCGGUCGACCUUUGAUGCGUCGCUGGUCGACGACAUCGCCGACUUGCCCUCGGACUCGGCGCACUGGUGGGGGCCACGAUACACCUUCUUCGCGUCCCGGCUGGGAAAGAACAUGUACACGACGGUGGGAAACUUUGAUCCCGACGACUUUCCGGCCGAGAGGGAGGGCGGCGGCGGACGACAAGACAAGUCCGUCCGCUGGGACCAGGAGGGCGACGUGGCCUUUUUCAGACACCUGUACCGCGACUGGAACCCCGUCGUCAAGGCGCUCGCAGACGCAACCCCCCACGUCCGCCUGUACCCUAACCUCGCCGGGGAGCCGUUGGAGUCGUGGGUGUUUGCAAAGCGCGUGACCCUGGUCGGCGACGCCGCCCACACCCACGGCGGCGCCCACGCCGCGGGCGGAUCGCUGGCUCUGGACGACGCCUGGGCACUGUAUCGCAGUCUCGAGCACGUUUUGAAGGCCACCGCCGUCGAACAGCUGAAGCCCAAAGGUGGUGAUGAUGGAGGCAGUGGUGGCGGAGCAGGAUCAAAGCCCAAGUCCCUUGGUGCCUCACAGCUCGAACGUGCCUUUACGCUGUACGACAAGACCAGGCGGCCUCAUACGACGCGCCUCGUGCUGAGUGUUCUUGCGGCGGCAGAGGGCAAUGCCACCACCCCGGGCACCGACGAACAACUGAGACAGAAAAUGAUAAACAGGCCCAACAUGACUUGGCUUACGGAGCAUGACGUUGAGGCGACGUUUGCGAGAGUCCUCGAGACAGAAAACAGGCAAGAAAGAGAAGAGAAGAAAAACGACCACGAGUAUCAUGACCAAGUUGAAAAAGAGACCAAAGAGCAUCAUGUUCAGGUGGAAGAGGAUGGUGUCGCUUUUGACGACAUCAAAGACGCUAUCAUGGACGUGCCCGUUGUCAUGGUGAAAUAG